CCACUACCACUCAGGGUCUGAUGCGGAAGGCUCUGAAGAGCCUUGUUCUGCGGACAUCUCCCGCCCCUGUGCAUCCCGGAGGGCCCUAGUGCGAGCAAGCCCUGGCUUUUCAGCCCCAGCUUGGGGGACCGUCCCUUGGACUGGGCCAGAGCAGCGCGGAGGGGGUAGGUAGGUCUGGCACCCAACAGCAACGCGGCAGGGGACCAGUCUCCCCGCGCGGGUGCAGCCGCAGAAAGCCGGGCGGAACGCUGCAGCCAUCUUCGGGGUGGAGGCGGAGAAGGGGCGCGGCCUUGGCCUGGAGCCGCCCCGGCUGAGCGGCAGCGCGGACUUUCCUGCUCCUGCGGCGCCCGGCCGGCCGCGCAGAGGCCGUCAUGGGCUGUGCGCGCUGGCUCGCGCUGGGCGGUCUCCUGGCCCUGGCGGGGCUGCUGCAGGCCCGGCUGCUGACCCCGCAUCAAACAGGCUUCGGUGAGUGCGACCGCUUCUUCUAUGCGGGGACCCCGCCCGCCGGGCUGGAGACCGAGGCGCACGUGAGGAUCUGUCAGCGCUUCGCGGGUUCCGAGCGCUUUGCCACCCUAUACAGCCCCGGCCACCGCAUCCCCGUGUUUUCCGCGUUCCGCGCUGCGCGCCCCGCGCCUCUCAAUGCUGAGCAGCGCGGGCUGCUGGAGCCGCAGAUUGAUGACCCCGACAGCACCCUUGAGGAGGUAAUCGAAGAGGCUGAUGCUGUCGCCUCCGUGAACAAUCUGGGAAGCAAGCAAGCCUUGAAUGCAGACUAUCUCGACUCUGACUAUGAAAUCGGACAGCUGUACCCAUUCCUCCUUAGCAGUGACCUCAAGAUGCCCACAUUCCCACUCACAAAUUCCGUUCCAAUGACCCAGUCUUUCCGGGAACGGUGGCACAUGAAUCUUGACAGCCUCAUGGACCGAGCCUUGAUCCCACACUGUGGCGAUGGCCAAGACCUGUACAUCAUCACAGGUGCCAUCCCCUCAGACUACAGAGUGAAGGGCAGAGUGACUAUCCCAGAAUUCGUCUGGCUGGCAGCCUGCUGUGACGUCCCUGGAGGAGGCUGGGCCAUGGGCUUCACCAAGCACACCCAGGCCGGUGAUAUCAUAGAAGAUAUUAUGGUGAGAGACCUUGAGAAGCUGCUUCCUCAGAAACCUCAGUUGUUCCGGGACAACUGUGGGGAGAUGGAGCAAGACACAGAGAAGAUGAAGAAGAUUCUGGAAGUGGUCAACCAAGUCCAAGAUGAGGAGCGGUCUCUGCAGUCUCAAGAGAGCACAAGUCCCCUCGCCAGUGCCCAAAGCCAGAGGUCUGCCCUGCCGUCCCCAGAAGCACCAGAGGGAGGAGGCAGCUUUCUGGGGAACGUUCUUGGUUUCCUUUUGACCCCAUUCAUCAAACUUUUCCAGUUAAUUUAUUACCUUGUGAUGACAGUCUUAAGGAAUAUAUUCCAUCUCCUUUGGUUUGUUGCCAAGCAGGUGAUAAACGGCAUUGAGAGUUGUCUGUACCGUCUGGGCGCAGCCACUGUGUCCUAUCUCGUGGCCAUUGGACACGAGUUGGUGGGCAUUCCCUGGAAAGUGCUCAAGGUUGUGGCCAAAGUCAUCAGGGCCCUUCUGCGAAUCCUCUGCUGUCUGCUGAAGACUGUCUGCCGGGCUCUGAGCAUUCCUCUCCGAGUGCUUGUGGAUGUAGCCAGUUUCCCUGUGUACACCAUGGGGGCCAUUCCUGUCGUGUGCAGGGACAUUGCUGUGGGCCUGGGUGGCAUUCUCUCCCUCCUCUGUGGCACUGCUUUUGGCACCAUGGGUGGCCUGUUUCAGGUUGUUUUUAGUAUCUUCAAGCGGGUUGGCUACAAGGUUACUUUUGACAAUUCUGGGGAGUUUUAUAACUCGAACACAUCCUAGUGUCCGUUGUGGUAAAUCUCAUUAUUUUUCAAUAGGGAGCUAGAGUGGUCUGUUUUUACAGUGGGUUUCUGUGGUGUUAUGUUCACCUGGGGGGAUGGGUUGUCUUUUUCUGCAAAGGAGUUUGGCACAGUUUAGAUUUGAUCUCAGAGCAAUGUUCAGGGUAGGUUCGGAGUCAUGGUCUACUGCCCACUGCAGUUAUCCAUACAAGCGUUCCCUGACUGUGUUAACUUCAGCCCUGUGCUAUGACCACACCCGGGCUGACCCAGGCUUGAUAGGAAACUAAACACAAAGGGGGAGAAGAUGGCAUUAAAAGUUACGAGAGGUGGAAAAAGAAUCUUGUGCCUCCAAAUGCUCUUAGAGAUUUAAGACAAAUGAUCUGAACAUUGCUGUCCAGUCUCUUUGCAUCUCCUUCUGUUCCUCUCUGACCCAACCAAUCCUGGCAAUGUGCCAGUGACGGCUCCACUGAAACCCCUCCCUACAGACGCAGCCUCUGCUGCGAGUUUGACCUUUACUUGUUCUCAAGGGCUUGUUUGGUUUUCAUUUUCUCCAAAAGUUGAGUUCUGCUAAAUCACAAUUCUUAUGCCAAAUAUGGCAUAAUAAAAUUUGAAUAAAACCCUCAUUAGGCUAAGACAGGUCUCUCCAGGUGUAGAAUGGAAAGGAGACAGCAGUAAGCAGGUGCUGUGUCCGAGGGCAUUCUUAGGGAGGCUUCAUCGACUUACUUUAAAUCUCUGGUUGACAGUGUUAAACACAAAGAUUUGCAUGUUAAUCUAAUAAUAUGAAACUUCAUAUUUUGCGACAUCUAAUGCAUCAAAUGAGUCCUCCAUACCAUAAAGCACUCUGACUUCUCUCCUGAAAUGAUUGUUAAAACUAUCUAGGUAAUAGACAAGAUGAAACAUAUUCUGGCCAUGUCGGGCAGAAAUAUAUUAUAUGUACAUAUUUAAAAAUCCUUGUCUCUUAGACCACUAUUUUUAUAGUGUAUUUGAGACUAAAACAAAUAUAAGCCCUCCAUUAAUGCUAGCUAAAUUUGAGAGCUUAUUCCUGAUUUGAUCGAUCACUUGUAAUUUUAAAUCUUGCGCUAAAAAUUAUAACAAAGGGAACCAGACCUGCUUUGUGGGAACCAAGCGUUCCCACAGUGGGACUGGAUUGUCUAGUAUUUUUCUGAGUGUUCCAGAGAGUUGCUGUGAAGAAGGAAAGGACCAAGUGUGGACUUACCUGGGGGCUGUACCGGUUGGCCGGAAGUUAGUUGUACGGACUAGGAGUCUAGAAAGAAAGCAGGAAGGGAACAGGACAUCAGCUGUCCGGGAGAGCUGGGGGCACAUGAGACCCUGAGUGGAGCAGGAACCAAGUUUUGCAGAUGAUUAUUUGAGUUGCGCCAGAGAGGCCUAGCAGCCUGCAGACUUCCAUGCGACCGUAAUUUGGAGUCUGGACCACGGACCUCAUUCGGGUAGAUGCCCACGGUUUAAAGACUCAGAGCAGCAUUUGCCAGGAGUUUUCUCUGUGUAAAUGGGAGUGCUAGGGCUUGAGUUGGCACUGAUGGGUCAAAAAAGGGACUCUCAGAAGUUGCCAGGGAAGCAAUCUGGCUAAACCCUCGUAUUUUAUUUUAGGUCUCAGAGGCACAAGGAGAUUGUAGACUUGAUUUUGUUAGCCCCAUCACACAGGUGUGCCCCCUGAGUGUAAGUAGGAUUUUAUCGCCUGCCAAAGACUCUAGACUCUGUAUCAUCAGUUGAAUUUGGCAGGUUAAUGAAAUGCGAGAAAUCCACGCGAGACUGCAUCUCAUAUGGCCCUCUUCCCUUUUAAUGAAUAUUUGCAUUCUGAGAGGCCCUAAGAGGACACCCAUGGCAUCUGGGCCCCCUUAGGGAACCAUUGGAACUGCCCCCUCCCCAUAUUCAGAUGUCUGGUUAUUUAUUUUUGUGUGGCUUUUUUUUUAAAUAUGGGAAAGGAUAAUAAGACAAACAUAUAUCCUUCAGGUUAGAGGACUGAGACCCUUCAUUCUGGAGUAUCUUGUUGGUGGGGCCUGGGAGUCACUGGAACGAGCCGCACGUGGCUCUGAAGUCCUCCAGGUCACUGGGCUGCUGGUCCAUUCCCAGUAGGUUACAUGGGGUUCUGGGGUGGGAGUUUAGGAGGCUGAGCCCUGUCUUCAUUCUGUUCUCAGGCCCUUGGGGGAUGUUGGCGGACUCUGUCACUCACAGAACUGUACUUCCGGUCUGUGCCGGCCAUGUUUUCGGAUUCCGCCCCUCUGCCUUUGUGCCUUUUCCACCCAGUGCAAACUCGGGAAUGGAAGGAUCCUUGGUCUUCAUUCACCCAGCUACCUAGCAAACGUGUAUUCGGUCAUCAAGGUUACAGAGGUGGAAAAAGCUCCAUCCACAAGGAGUUUCCGGGAUGGUGGGGAAAACAGGUGGUACAGUCCAUGCUGUGACCUAUCACAGCAAGCGCCGUGCAGAGGCUACCUGCCCUGCUCCGUGGAGCACAGGAAGGAAACCUGCAGGAUGAAGAAUGAAGGACGCCGUUGCAGAGGGGUUGGCCACAUCAAGCUAUGUACAAUGCUCUGCGCCCUGUAGAUGCUCAAUAAAGUCAUUGUUGACAGCA